UGUUAGGGUUGCCUUGGUACUGUGACCGAUUUUGCCUUGUCUAGACAGGAACAGCUGUUGGCAAACUGCUUACAAUGGGUGGUGUAGGAAUUUGGUGGAUUGUAGACAUUGUUCUUUUAAUCACAGGUUCUUUAACCCCUGAAGAUGGCAGUAACUGGAAUCCUUAUGUGUGAUGUAAAACAUUGAUGAAGUGUAAAUUAUUCUAGAGAACCCUCUACAGAAUGGCUGCAGUCACAAACAACAAUGCAAGGAAAUAUCGAUACUUAGGGUUGGAGGAUGAAGAAAGAUUGCAACAAAAUAAAAUUGUAACUUUAAGGGACAAAAUUUUAAAACAGUUUCUUCAAAGACAGCUUGAGAUACCUAGAUCACUUAAAGAUCAGAUUAAUAAAAAAGCAUUUGUAAAAGCUGCUAUAGAAGAAUCUCUUACAACCUGCACUAGUGGAUUAUUAUCCUACAGUGAAUUUCAAAGCCUUGAGACAAAAUUGAGUAUCACUGAAACUUUGAGUGCAAGUGGACUAUCUAAAUCAGAAAUAAAAAUACUUCUGGAUGAAGAAAACGGACAUUCCUCUCUUGAAGCACCACAUGUAAAAGAGCUCAGACUUCGUGAAAUAGCUAGUAAAUUAUACAAAAGGCAAGAGUUACUUGAAAAUUGUGGGAAUAAACCAGAACAGUUUAAUGGAGCUUUUCCAUUAAAUAAACAUGACUUUGAAGUGGAAUGUAGUAAUCUCCCCAUUACAGAUGGAGCUGACAAACUAACAUCUUGUCUGGUACGUCUUCAGCCUCAUCAUGAUGAGACUGUCCCAGCAGAGCAUCCCAUAAACCAUAUCAAAGAAUUAGCACAGGAGCUAUUCCCUAAUAAUAUUACAAAUGAACGCAAAAUUAAAAAUAGUCAAAGGAAAGCAAAGGCUUCAGAAGAUAUAUCGGGUUUAUCAGUGAAAAGGACAAAGACUGAGGAAUUGAAGUUCAAGUAUAUUCAGGAAAAGCCAAAGUCAUUUUGGGACAUGCAAGAAUUACCAAGAAUUGUCAGAGGUAAAGAAGGCCAGAAUGUUAUCAGGUCUGCAAUAGACAGAGGUAGUAGCAAUAAACAAAUACAGGACAUCAGUGAGAAAAAGUGUUUAGUGAACAAAACUAAACCUUUUGUACUGUCACUGGAUCCUUCUGAUCUUUUGCCUUUACAGGUAAUUAAUUCAAGCAGAAUGACUCUCGAGGAAAUAAAAAACAUUGAAAAAUUCAAAACUUAUGAUGAAGGAAACCCAUCUCAGAUUUUAUACUUAAAAAACUUGCCCCAUAAAAUGAGUCAAAGAGAACUUGCCUCUAUUUUUGGUCACUUUGAAUCUGUUCAGGGUCAUAAAAUUGUAUACAGAAUUUUAGAUGGUCGUAUGAGGGGGCAAGCAUUUGUUACAUUCCAAGAUGUGGCUACAGCUACAAAAGCACUAAAAACAUGUAAUGGUUAUAUUAUACAUGGUAAACCAAUGGUGAUAGCCUAUGGUAAGAAGCAAAAUUCUCCGGAUAUAUAAAUUUAUUACCAAGGGAGUAUGAACUUUUGACUUUGACUGAAUGUGUUUUUACCUAUGUAUAUACUUCCAUAAGUAUCUUUAUAAUAUGCUACAUCAUCUGAAACAAUGGAUAAUGGUAUUUAGCAUGUAUGGUAUGAGAUGGUAACAAACUGUCAAAGAAAUCCACAUAAUAAAGAUACUUUUUGGUACUAAUGUACAUAUACAGCUGGAAGUUACAUUUCAUAAUUAUUUAAGUGCUGAUAAAUUUUGUGUUUUUAGUCAUUCUUAUCUUGAAAUUUAAAAUGUAAUACUAUAAUAUAGAUAAUGCCUGAUUCUUCAUCUUCUUCUUCUUCUUCAUCUUCUUUUUUUUUGAGUGCCAGUAAACAUUUAAGGAAAUUAACAUUGUUAAAGCUUAGUCAUAUAGGUUAUUGUAAAAGAAUGAACUUUUUUCACUUAGUAAAUUAGUAAAUUUUGUGUCCUAUUUGUUCAGAGUUGGGUUUUGUAGCCUCACAUUAUAUUUAAGUGUGAAGAAUAUUCUCAUUCUACACAACUUAACACAAAUGAAAUAAAACAAAAAUUGAAUUGAA